AUGAAGGAAUAACUCAAAAACAUUGGCAAUGAUAUUAAAUUUUUGAGAGGAAAAUCUGUUGAGCAACUAUUUGAAAUUAGAAAAUGGAAUGUAUUGAAAGAAGCAGCAUACAAAAACGUUAAGACCAUUUAUGUCCCCUUAAAAACCUUAGAGAAAGGGAAGGAGGAGUAAAGUAUUUUGAUGAAUUUUAGAAGGAUUUAAACGAUAGUGGAGGGGAAGUGA